AAGCUCUAUCCGAACUCGUAUCUGGUCCACGUGCUAAUAGGUACAGCAAAGGGUGCUGGAUCAGGCAUCCUAAGAACUUUCGAACAGUUAGUUCGGGGUGUUUGGAUGCCAGGCCAUAAUGAGUUACUGCGACCAACAUUCGCCACGAAAGCAUGCCUCACGGCCGCGAUUGUUUUCACGCUGGACAAACACUCUUACUACAUAUCCGCACCACAUGAUAUCGUUUACCUUGGCGUCGUCGGCUUCUUCGUAUAUUUCAAGUUGAGUGCCAUACUACUGAACGUUCAAGAUCCUUUUGCACCAUUCGAGAAUCUAUUUUGUGCGGUAUUCAUGGGUGGAAUCUGGGAUGCGAUGUCGAGGUGA